UGAGGAUAAUAAUAAUAAUAAUAAUAAUAAUAGUAAUAAUCGAGCACCACUGUAUUGUUUUAUUUGCACCACCCGGAUGAACACUUGGCGUUGCAGUUAAUUGGGUCAAGGGGCGUGUUGGUGCGAGCAAGGGGCAAGACUACGCCACUAGGAAUACUUCAGCUGUGUUUUGACCCCUGGAAAACGAUGGACACGCCACUUCCUUCUAAAUUUAGCCACAUUCUCGUCGGUGCUCACUGAGCAACCAGAGCUCAUGCAGUAGUUGAUGUGACCAGAAUAAGCCGCUGGUCCCACGAGAUUGGCUGAAGCUCCGCUGCUCUCCAUUGCUGCGAUGCGGUUCGGCACGUUCUAAGGGCGCGCGCGAGCGACAGAAAACGCCAUCGUCAUUCGUGCAAAAGCACAACUAACCAUGGCGCAGGGGAACCAUUUCCUAACAAUCCCCAAGCAGGAAGGUCUUUUCACGACAAUUAAGAGCGGCCGCGGUGAGGACAACGGCGAUAACUCCCCCGCUGAAGACGAGGAUGACGAAGAAACCGAGGAAGAAGUGCGCUUCAUCCCGCGGUGCUCUCCGGUACCGAGAAAGCGCGGCCCUUCCAUUACAGACGAGACCGCGGAAUACAUGCGGAUUCGCCUGGCACUGCAGCGGCGAGUGUCUUUCGCGGACGCCACUGGAGGAGAGCUGGUCGACGUGCGAGAGUUCGCUGCGUUCGACUCGGGCGACGAUGAGACCAACGCCGACUGGGAGGAGGAAGAGGCGAAGUGCCGCCGCGCUUACCUCGAGCCCGUGUACCGCGUGUGGCCCGAGUUCCAGGCGCGUGACGUGAGCGAGCUGAUGCCCGCCGUGCGCGCGGGUAAAGUGGAAGUGGAGAAGGUGACACCCGUGCAGAACCAGCCUCUCUCCUUCGACGCGCUGAUCUGUGUCCUGAAUGUUUCUUAUCACAAACGCGUCUAUGUCCGGUCCACCAUGGACGGCUGGAUCACUUGCACAGAUUCGGUGGCAGAGUACGUGCAAGACUCCCACGACGGCGACACCGACAGGUUUUCGGUCCGGCUCUCCUUCUCCGAACCGUAUCUCUUCAACGGAGCGCGGAUCGACUUCGUGGUGCGUUAUGAAACGUCCGAAGGAGAGUUUUGGGCAAACAAUUCAGGCAGGAAUUACUCAGUUACCCUUGUCGUGUCCUAUGAGGAGGACACACGCCAGGAUAAUAAGGUAGAUGAUCGAGAAAUUAAAGGCAUACUGAAACCUUCAAGAUUCAGUGGUGAGGAUGACUCUGACUUCUAUCAAGACACAGAUGAUGGGAAUGAUGAUGAUGAUGCAGAAAGAGAGACAGUUGCUGAAAUUCCCUCUACCAUGAGUCCACUUAUUAUUAAGCCAGAGAUCGACAUUGAGAUUCCUGAAGCUUUGAUUUCUCCCUCUAAAGCUACAGAAGACCCUACACAAGCAGAAUGUCCUCCUCUAAGUACUGACAGUCAAGAGGAACAUACUCAACAGGAUUUAUCUGAAAAUCCACAAUCAGACCAUCUAGAAAAAGACCAAGGCACAGAAUCACUAAUACCAGCUGAGAACAAAACAGGUUCCAUUCAGAAUGAAGCACCAGAUAAUGACCCAACAUCUAACUCUGACAGAUAUUCCAUGCAUUCUGUCGAAGGCAGCCAAGCCAUUUGCCCAAGUAAAGAUAGCCACCAGUCAGACACUGCAGUCCAAGCACCUGUUGACUUAGGCAUCACUAUACCAGCUACAUUUUCAAGCAUUCAAGAAAUGAAGGAAGAUGACCCAGAAGAAUUAAAAGACCACGGAGAGAAUGAUGGAAUACAAUCUGGAGAGGGAAGACUGACAGAACUGCAAGACCAGACCGGUGUUACAAUGGAUGUUGACAGUACUGAAUCCUCAUUGCAAGAGCUGCCAGAAUCAACUCAGCAUCAUUCCUUAAACGAAAUGAUGGCUGCCAGUGCAAAUAAAGAGAAAGAGGAUUUUAGUUUAAGCACAGGUCGUGACAUCUUGUUCGAAGAACCACAUGAACCUUUUUUAGAGAAUCCUGAAUUCCAGAUGAUAAACCUUGACACUAUGGUCAGAAGGGAAACAAAUGGAAAGGAACAAGUAAAUCUAAAGGCAGGGGAAGUACCAGACAUGAUUGCAUCUUGUGUGCACCAACCAUCUGAACCCACCAACCUGGGGCGAACCAGAGAGGACUGUGUGAUCCAAAAUGUUUCCAACACUCCAAGAACACCUGUCCCAGAGUUAACCAAAAACCAACAGCAAGGCCAGGGGGCAGAGCCUGAACUGAAAAGGGUACCUGAUGUCCUUUCUGUCAGUGUAGACACUCCAUUUAUCUCUGAGAGCAUAUCGCCUCAAGAGUUGAGCCCAAUUCUGAUAUCUCUUGCCAGUGCAACCUCUUCAUCCCAAAGUUCAACCAUCACUGUGCAAACAGUGGCACCUGGGGAUGGGGAUGGCCAAUCUGGGUCUGAGAGCACAAUUCCUAAUAAGGCAACCCAAAUGCUCACACCUCUUUCAAGUGCAAUAUACCUAUCCCAAAGUCCUACCACCACUAUGCAAACAAUGGCCUCUGAAAAUGGAGAUGGUGAACCUUUCAUGAGACAGGAUGAACCUUUAUUUAAUGAAGAGUUUGAAUUGUACUACCAUGACCCUGCUUCAUUUCACAAAAAAGAAGAAUUAGAAACCCAGCCUGCACUGCCCUGUAGAAACUUCGAGGCUUCUAAUGUAGAGGCUGGUGUGAUUUUAGGCAAGACUCUGAUUCCAUCCUUUGCCUUUCUAAGUGCAACUGUCUGUUUGAUAGUUGGGUUUCAUGAGCCCAGCAUCUUCCUCAUUAUGGCACUCUUCCUAGUUUCCCUCUGUUUUUAAUUGCAUUCUCUUUUUUACAACUCACAGUCCCAAGUGCCUUUUCUGAACUCACAGAAAAAGGACUCCAAGAACCCUCGUCACGUAUUAGUGCUUGUUGUGUUUAUGUGGCAUAGAUAUCUAUAUAAAUAUUAGGCUUUUGUUAUUUAUUCAGAGAGUUAUUUUUAUAUGCACUGCCUAUCGUAAUAUCACUGUGAUUACUACUAAUAUAAAAUUUCUGGGUUAUUUCUGACUCGUUUCCUGAAUACUACUAAACACUGUAAAAAAAAAAAAAAAACCUGCGUAGCUGUUACAUGAGUCUAAGUUCAGCUUAGCGCAAAGUGUUUCCAGAGAAACAGGAUGUUUUGGACAAAAGUUCAUCAGCAGCUGUUCAAGAAAUGUGCCUAUAUUGCACUGAAUAAAAAAUAGUUAUUUGGGUAAAUAGAAAAAAAUGCAAAUAGCUGGAUGUUACCCUUAUGGGUUAACUCAGUCUGUUUAAAUUAUAAAACUCCUGGAGGUAUAACUAUUAUUCUCGUAGUGUAAUAGCUGGGUAUAGUAACUACAUUGUUUGUGACUAGUUCUUGGAUGGUAAUCUGUCCUGAAAGUAGGAAACCUUGUCUGUGAUCCUUCCACUCCAUCAGCACUUACUUUUCUUCCUUGUGACAUUUGAGAUUUAAUUGAGAUGGAAUAUACAAAGAACCCACCAAGUGUGGUAAUAGUUUUUUGACCUGAUCAUCGUAUCUCUUUCCCCUUUUUCCUGGCCAUGUUAGAAAGGCUUCAGAAAUAAUCAACAUAAGAAUGUUACACAACGGUAAAGAAAGUUAUAUUGUACAAAGGUAAAGGUUUAUGAAAACUGACUGGCAGUGGUUAAAAUGUGGUAAGUACUAUUAGAUUAAAUGAUCCUGAAAGUGCUGGUAUAGGUUCAGGCUUUAUUUAUAGUAUUGUGGCUGGAUGGUACUGUGUUUCAGUAAUAAAUUAAUAUCAUAAGAGAUUAGUAGGAGUUAAAAAAAAACCCUUAAUGCACAAUGUUGUAAAAAGUAAAAUGAACAUUAAAAUGUUGCUGACCUCUUAUAUAAAAUGGAAUUAUCUGAACGAUCAUAAAUAAAAGGAUAUUUAUUUUAAUGUACCAACAUUUAUAUUUAGAGUGCAAUAGAUUAAUUCACACACCCAUUAUGUGCUUUCAUAUGUAACUAUACGGCAGGGUGAGCAUUAAAUAUUUUCUUAAUUAUAUUGUGGCGUGGGCGGGGCGGCGGCUGACGACCUUGCGGCCUUGCGGGGAUGUCGGUGUAUUCACCAUGAUGGGGAAAGGUGUUUGGGUUAGUGGCUUCGGCCCUGUUUGUGUGUGUGGGGGUGUGACGUGUGAAAUGUCUGACGCUGAAUUGGAUGUGGGCUCCUGAGUGAAGGUGCUGCUCAUGCCAUACCGGCUGUGUGCCUAUUAAAGUACUCCCAGCCAUUGCAUUGGGCAGCAAAUAAGCUCACUCGUCUCUCCAGCAUUCUUUCCGGCGUAAAAACGCUACAAUAUAUAAGUAUUACACAAAAUCUAUGCUACGUAGAAACAUACGGAUUAUUACUGUAAAAAAAUCACUUAACUGGUCUAACUAAUGUGACAUUUAAUGUUCCUAUUCGGCAUAGUGUUUAAUAUAUGAUUUGUGCUAACCCUGUGUAAUGAUGAAAAUGGUAGUUUUUGUAAAAUAUCAUGCAAUAAAUAAAUCAUUUAUCAUGAAGACCUCUACAUCAGAAACUCACUGUUAGAGAAUUUGCUAAUAGCAAUAUGAAGAGGGCAUUGAUUAAUUGAUUGUAAACCAUAAGUUGGAUGGUAUUUACACUUCUAUAGUGCAAUUGCGGUUUUCAUGUGGCCAAGUAGCAAAAAUGUGUGCAUUUUGAUCACCAAGAGUACUGUAUUACUUAUUAGAUUUUGUUUAAGCUUGUUGACAUUUAAUGUAUCACAUGCAUGAACUUGACUGUAUUAUUAAAUUGCAGAUUCUUUGCGACCUUAUGUAAGCUACAACCAAUCAAACAGUGCUUACAAAUAAACACUUGCAAAUAAUUA